UCAUACAACAGCAGAAAAACCAAACAGACAAAAAUGAAAAUGCUGUUUCAAACAAUUAAAAAUAAUAACACCAUUCAAAUAAAUUAUAGUUUACCUAUUAAGAACUACUAUAAAAUGAAAAUUUGCAUAUUAAUUGUGACACUGUCCUCACCAUAAAUGCCUCGUAUUCUGUGUUGUGGUUUAACCUGAGGUGUUUCACAAGGUUUAUUGUGUUGCCACAAUAGUUUAGUUACUUUCCACGGUGUUCCUAAGUUACCUCGAAUGACUUAAGUAUCGAAAGUAUCGAUUAUUCUUAUUUGAGAAUCAAUUUGAGGAUAUAAAGACCUGGUAUCGGAAGUAUCGAUAUAUCAGCAUCGAUCCGCACUUCACUAGUUUCGACGUAAACGCAGCGUGAAAGAAAUGAGGAGUUAGAAUGAAUCAAAGCGAAUAAAUGUCUCCGACGUGAGGAUGCAGAGACAGAGGCGCGUGGUGGAGGUUGUGGGGGUUCCAGAUGUUUUACCAGCUGACAGGAUAGUUGACAAACUGCAGGUUUAUUUCCUCACAGCGAAGAGUGGAGGAGGAGAUGUGCUUCAGUUGUUGUAUCCUUGUGAUCAGCCGGGACAGGCCUUCAUCCUGUUCGAAGAUCCUCGGGUUGCCGCUCGAGUCUUGCAGAAGAGCUCUCAUGUGUUGGAGCUGAAUGGUCAACAAUAUCAUUUAAAAGUGAAAGUGUCUGAGAAGGAUCUCCCGGUGGAGGCAACCGUGCAUCUGAAUCAUUUUCAAGACGAGACACAAGUGCGACAGAUCCUCGGGUCACACGGUUUCACGGUGACAGAUCUGGGCGGAGGUCGGGUGAGCGUUGAGGGUUCUUUUUUGAUGCUCAAGGCCGUGAAGGUUAAAUUGGAGAAGCUCGCGAAGAGGCCGACGCGCUCAUCCUCACCAGCGCCUGCAGUUUCCUCCGGAGCCAUUCCCAAACGUGAGAUUAAGAGUCUUUCCAGAAGCAAUUCCCUAUCCAGACAGAAGCCUCCACACGAAUCCCCAUCUUCGCCCGACACCUCCUCUUCUUACGCAUCCGGCUCCUCACGCAACCAUCCACUCUCUCAGGAGAGAAGAGCUUCUUAUUCGCCAGACGAGCCUGCCUCGGUCAGGCCUGGGGUUGAGUCCUUCGUUGUUGAUGCAGACGUGUUCAGCUAUGCUGACAAGGUCGAGAACAAAAACAUUAAAACCCUUGUGAAAACCCAUAAGGUUGCAAUGGAUGCGAAGGAAAAUGGUGACAGCUACAACAUCACUGUAACGGGGGGAAACUCAAGAAAAGCCGUCAGUGAACUUCAGAGGUUUUUGGAGGGUCUCAGCAAAUCACUACGCACUCAGGAAGUCCCUCUGGUGGACAUGGAUUUUGAAGGCAGGGCUCUUUUACAGAGAAUUCGGAAAACCAAACACAUUCACGACUCAGUGCUGGUGUUUGAGCUGGGAGACAGGCUUCACCUCGUUGGACCGUCCAGCGAGAGCUACAAGUUGAAGCAGAAGUUACUGGGGAGGCCGGUGGAUGAGUCGGGACGCGGGGGAAGGAGCUUCGUUAGAGAAUCCAGGAGCAGGAGCAGGAGCAGCUCCCUGCCAACGGCCCAUCAAAAGACCACGGGAAGAGAAAGCGGUGGAGCCGUGGCUGAUCCAUCUCCCGGUGGAGCUGCAGGUUACUCCCCAUCAAAGUACCAGGACGAUAAGCAGAGUGGAGCUUUGAGCAGGAGAAGCCACUCGGAGUCCCGUGGAAAUAAAAAGGCAGUAAAAGAUAACAAAGACGGACAAGACACAGGAGAGAAUCGUCAGCCUAAUAAAUUAGUCAGAAGACUCCCACAGUUGCUAAAUUUUAGACAAAAAGAUAUAAAGGAAAUGUUGAAAAUAAAUAAAAAAAGAAAGUGAGCAGGAAAUUGCAUGAUUAUAAACAACACUAAAAACCACCAGAGUUUUAAAGGACAUACCUACAGUGUUAGCAUACCUUAGCUUAGCAUACAGUGCAUGGCUGCAUACAAGCUCACAAAUUAUAACACGCAAUAUCUUGCGUUCAAUUUCUAAAUUUUUAUUCAUUUCACACACACAAAAAAACAAUAUGCAAAAAAUAAAUGAAAAGUUUUGUUUACCUUUUCUUGACCUGCAAGAAAUGAAUCGACAUAUUUUUGUCUGUCGAUCAGAUAAUUAACAACAGAAUGUUUUAUUGUUUGGGCAGAAGGUGAAUGUAAUUCUAAUUAUUUUCCUGAAUCAGACUUUCAAACAAACAGAUAAUUUUUAAAAUUUAUUGUUUAUUAAAAAAUAUCGAAAUGGCAAUAUAUCGCGAUACUUUUGUUCCGAUACAAUAUCGAUUUUGAAUAUUUUAAUAUUGAUUUUAAAAGAAAGUCAUGUUUUGCGCCAAUGGUGCAAUAAAUUGGAGGAUCAUUUGGAUUAAUAUUGUUUUUUGACUUGUUUUGUCCAAUGAAUUAUCACUGACAUCUGAUGUACAUAUAUGCAAUGUGUGUUUUGUUACCAACUGCCACCUCUAAUUAUUAUAUAUCUUGACUUUGUUUGCCCAUUAUGAUGAAAUGUUUCUGUAUGACCUCAAAUGUUGUUUUGAAUGACUGGCAGCUCGAAAAGCCAAGAUAUUAUUUGACUUAAAAUUAUGUUGUUAGAAUGGUUCAUAUCCUGUUGAUCAGUUAGUUGCCGUGGUGACAGAUGGCUGCUCAGUUUGACCACGUUAUACCGUUAUUUGAUGAAUCAAUAUGUGGUACCGUCCGUUCUCUCUUCUAUGCAAUUCAGGCUUGAGUUGAUUUUCCGCAGAUUAGUUUAAGACUUCACGCGCUACCUCAUUUACACCACUACAAAUAUGUAUGAGAAUGAGUGUUUUAAAUAUAAAUAAUGCAAAUUGGAAAUAUAAUUUAACGAUAAUUGUUUUUUUGUUGAUUAAAUUCCACGUUUAAUCCUC